CCUAAAUCUGCGUUACUUGAGGCCUAUCAGCUUUAUGGUGGUACUCCACUCUUCGACGUGGACCAUGCUCGCGAGCAGAGUCCACUCUACACAUGCAGGCUGACGAUCCCAGCUGUCCACACUCCGAAAGGGGGCUUCACUGAGAGCUGCUUCGUCGCUACCUCCCGAUCGAAGAAGGGCGCUGAGCACAGCGCCGCGGAGAUGGCUCUCUGUUUCAUCGCGUCACGCGGCUUGCUGCCAGCGCCCAUCAAUGCCCCUGCUAGACAUGCUCAGACUCUGUCAGGGUGCCUGCCGAGGAUCGUGGUUGAUGAGGUACAAGAGUUGCAGCAGCGAUUGGACGUCCUCAGCAUCGAGCUGGGCAAGGGUGCGACCAGCAACGGCCCUCAUCCACGAUCGGAAGGGCCGAGCAUCCCUUUGAAAGACCCCUCUAAGGCCCCUUCACAGGUUCUCACAGCAGAUGCAGAGCGUCUCCCAAUGGACCAGCUCAGAGCAGCCCUGAAAGAGGCGCUCCAAGAGAACGAUCAGCUGCGAAGAGAGCUGCUGACGGAGCAGCAGCGGCGCCAGGUGGCCAUCACUGCGCUGACGUCACAGCCUGCAUGAUGUCAUCGUAGCCGUUUGAUGACAUCACGCUAUGCUGGAAAGGGGCAGCGCUGCACUGCAGCAUUCUGCGAUCUCCUUAG